AUGCCGAAGCGGCCGCUCGACGACGUCGUGCUCGUGAUCCGCGGCACCGUGAUUGACAGCCCAGAACUGACGACGCUGCGCGUGCGCACCCACGCCGUGCUCGGCGUGCGCGCCAUCGGCACCGUCGCCUUCUGCGAAGAAGGACACACCGAGCCUCUCUCUCCUGGCAGCAGCCUGGUGCUGCGCGAGGGAGGAGAGGUGGUGCUGAGCCGCGGCUGCGUCAUCCGUGACCUGCCGGCCCGCGGCUUCCUCUGCCCCGGGCUGGUGGACACGCACACGCACGCGCCGCAGUUUUCGUUUACCGGGAUCGGGCGCGGCUCUCUCCGGCAGCGGGUCGAGUGGCCGGACGAGUACGACCUCCAGCUACUCGACUGGCUCAACAAGUACACCUUCCCCUCCGAGGCCAAGUUCAAGGAUUCAGCCUUUGCCGCGCGCGUCUGCCGGAACGCCGUCGCGCGCACGCUCCGGAACGGGACGACGUCAUGCAUGUACUUUGCGACGAUCCACACGGACGCGGCGCUGCAGCUCGGCCGGAUCGCCUCGGGCAUGGGCCAGCGCGCCUUCGUCAUCCCCCCUCGGUUCGUGCCAACGGGUUCCUCCGAGCUUAUGGAGGGCCUGGCUCCAAUCGCCCCCCGGCCCCAGCUGCUGGAGAGCUACGCCUCGUGCUACGACUACCCCGGCCUCCUCGGCCGCCGGACCGUCCUCGCGCAUGGCGUCUACCUCGGCGAGCGAGACGCACCCCCGAGACGCUUCCGAGACGCUUCCGAGACCCUUCCACAGAGGCACUCUCAAAGACACUACUUAGGCGAGCCAAACACCCCUCCUCUGCCGAGCCGGGCCGAGGGCUCGAGAGCCGCGACAAGCCCGUCGAGCGAGAGCGAGCGAGCCCUCCUCAAGAGCCGCGGCGCGAGCGUCUCCCACUGCCCCCUCUCGAACAUGAUGCUGCGCUCCGGGAUGCUCAACGCGCUCAAGGUAUCGAACCUCGUCUCGCUUGCGGAGGGUCGCCCCGGCGGCGGCAUGUGGGAGCCGCUUUCCUUCACCGAGGCCUUCCAUCUCGCCACCGCGGCGGGCGCGCGCUCGCUCGGCGUCGACGGGCUGACGGGCGACUUCAGCACCGGCUCGCUCUUCGACGCUGUGGUGGUCGACCCCGAGGCGCCAGCGUCGCCCUUCGAGCUGUACGAGGGCGACGGGGCGCUCGCCUCGUUUGAAAAGUGGAUGCAGCUCGGCGACGACCGAAACACGGCCGAGGUGUACGUGCAGGGGUCGCGCGUGUUCGCCCUCAAAGAGGGGCUCUGGACGUCGCGGUGACGAGGGAGCAGCGUAGAGGUAGAAGGCUUGGCGGCGAGAGCUACGAGAGCGACGCUCUGCUACUGUUGAGACGCAUGUGGUUGUAUGGCGGCAGGGGUGGGGCGCUCGCGGGCCGGGAUGAUCCGUGACGCCGCGGCUGGAGAGAGUGAGCCCCCCGCGGAGCCGGCCGCUUGGCGCUCCACCCCGCCGUUGGAGAGAUGAGAGAGCGAGAGAGAGACGAGCGAAGAGAGAUGUGACACUCAGAAGUCUCUGUGACUGUGUGCACGUGGACCUGGAGUUGAUGUGUCUGCAUGGACGGAGGGAGAGAGAGGUCGUGUUGACUUAUUUGUGUGGUCUGCUCGCACACCGGCGACCGGCCGCGCGCAUGUAUUUAUUUGUAAUUGUAUUUAUUUUGAAUACGCUCGU